AUGGAAAGCAGAAUCGAUCCGAAAGCUGCUUAUUAUCCCUAUAGUUUUCGCAAUCCGAUAAUCGUUCCCAAGGCUCACUACGUCACCGAAUUAUUGAUACUUCGUUUCCAUCAACGGUACGGGCAUGCCAACACGGAGACCGUGGUGAAUGAGCUUCGGCAGCUUUACAGUAUUCCGAAGAUGCGCUCCGUUGUAAAGAAGACCAUCAACAAGUGUAUGUGGUGCCGCGUAUACAGAACCAAACCCAAUACUCCUCGGAUGGCCCCCUUGCCGCAGCCACGUGUUAUGCCUUUCGUGCGCCCAUUUACGCACACAGGCCUAGACUAUUUCGGACCUCUCCUCAUGAAGCAAGGGCGCAGCAAUGUAAAACGGUGGGUGGCAAUCUUCACCUGCCUCACCGUUCGUGCGGUGCACCUUGAGGUGGUGCAUUCCCUGUCGCUCCAGUCGUGCAAGAUGGCCAUUCGUCGAUUUGUCGAUAAGCGUGGAGCUCCGCAGAACUUUUUCAGCGACAAUGGAACGUAUUUUCGUGGAGCAGCCAGAGAACUAGCCGCUGAAAUCAAGUCUCUUAAUCUCACUUUGGCUGGCACCUUCACUAAUGACGAAACAGAGUGGCAUUUCAACCCACCGUCUGCUCCCCACAUGGGAGGUGUGUGGGAGCGGAAAGUACGCUCGGUUAAGGAUGCCUUCAAAGUCCUAGCCCAUCGCGAAAAACUAGAUGAUGAAGGGCUUUUGACGUUUCUUUCGGAGGCAUCAAUGAUAGUCAACUCUCGGCCGCUCACAUUCGUGCCGUUAGAAUCUCCCGAGCAGGAGGUUCUCACGCCAAAUAGCUUCCUCUUGAUGAGCUCCAGCGGAAAUACCAGUCUCGCUCGAAUUCCCAUCGACCAGCCAGUUUCCUUGCGUACCAAUUGGGGAGUUAUGGUUCAGCUCCUAAAUCAAUUCUGGAAAGCCUGGAUCAAGUCGUAUCUCCCAACAAUCGCCAGGAGAACCAAAUGGUUUAUGGAUGUUCGACCGCUUCAGGAAGGUGACCUCGUUAUUGUAGUUGACGAUACGGUGCGGAAUUGCUGGCUUCGUGGGCGAGUUACCAAAACAUACCCAGGUAUCGACGGGCAAGUCCGCAAGGUAGAUGUCCAAACAGAAACAGGAUUACUCCAACGACCUGCCAUAAAAGUGGCUCUUCUGGACGUGGUACAGGAUGGCAAGACCAACUAG